AUGAACUUGAUGGCAAUGUACAUAGCUAAAGCAGAAAGUCAAUUCUAUCAAUGUCAAAAGAUAUUCGAUGAUGAAUUAUCUAAAAUAUGGCAAAAUCAUCGAAAUUUAGUUAAAAAUCAAGGCAUGACAACCGCUUUGAUCCAUCUCAUCGAGCGAUGUUUAACACUUAUAACAGAAAAAUUUCGUCAGAUUUAUAAUUAUCGAUUUGAUUAUUAUCUUCAAAAUGACCAUCAACAACAACAACAACAAAUUGGAUUUUCCACAUCUCUGAUCAUCGAUACCACUCAUAAAUUAACGAAGAAAGAAAUGCAAUUAUUAAAUCGUGGACCAAGUUAUGUUCCACCCUAUCAAUUAUCCAUAUCUUCUUUUAUGACAACCAACGAUGAAAUAAUAAAAAGAAAAUAUGCACCGUUAAAACAUCAGUUAGCCACUCUUUUUUCAAAAUAUCAUAUUAAUAUUGCCAUAUCAAUGGAUAUUGAACAAAAAAUCCAUGAACAAUUUAAAAAUCUAUUUUCUAUAUCUCUACCAAGUACUAUACGACAACGAGCUCUCUAUGAAAAACAAUUAGUUCAAUCGAUUCAUCGUUUCUAUUUGGGAAAUUCACAAAAUUUUCAAACAAAAGCCCAUCAAUAUUUAUCAAAUUCAGAUUCUUUUCAAUUACUAAUGACAUUGAAUGAAACAAAUGAUCAAGAACCAGUACAUGAUAAAUUUCAUGGUAUGAUUGAAUCCAUCAAUUUUGCUUUGAAAAUAUUAAAACAUAGAAAAGCAAUCGAUCCUCAUACAAUCACUCGAUUGUUGGUCGAUCCAACUAAAAUUCAAUUAUCUGAUAUGGAUUUUUUAUGUGAUAUUUCUCAUGAAAAUGAACUACAAUUAGUACCUUUGCUUCCACAUUUAAAUACAUUGACAUCAAAGAUAGGUGAAUAUUUAAAUCGAUUACUUCGACCAUUUGCUGAUCGUAUUAUGAAAACAACUCAAUUUCAUCAUGAUAUUGAUUUUAUUCAAAAAUUGAAUCAUUAUGCUUGUACACAACGUCGUUUAACUGCAACCACACUCUUUUGUACUAUAAAGAUAUCGAAUUUUUAUUAUCUAGAUUCACAUGCAAAUAUUAUUGAUUGGAUAGGUUAUUUUUUACAAGAUAAUCUCGGUACAAACAAACUGGAGCAAAUAUCAAUUAUGACCAUUAAAAAUCUUCUACAAUUAUUUCUCUACAAUAAUAUAUUUCGUUAUCAUGAACAUAUCUAUACAUUUACAAAAGGGAGUCCAACGACGAUGCCUAUUACUGAUACAUUAUCCAAUAUUUAUCUAUUUCAAUGGCAAACAAAAUUAUUACGUAUCAUUAAACAAAAUGAUGGAUUCUUUGGUAGAUGUAAAGAUGAACUAUUUUUUACAUGGAAUAGUUCUUCAAAUGAACUUCAUGAUUUGUUACGAAGUAUAAAAAUUCAAUAUCCGAAUGUCUAUUUUCAUACAUCGAUCGGAAAGAGAUAA